UGCAUUUUUAAAGUAACCUACAAGUAAAACAAAAAUGUCGGGCUACAGUUUAUUUAGGGUAGUCACGUUAACGAAAAACAUCACAUCCAGCGCUGCAACGUUGCUGUGCAGGACGAACAUAUUAAACAGAACCCAGACAUGCGGUUAUGCUAAGAAAGUUGCGGCCAAAGGGAAAGGCAAAGGCAUGGCGAAAGAAGAGCUGAAAGGUCCGGAGGUGUGUAAAGACCCUGUCAGACUGACUUCAUAUGCAGUAGGGGCCAACAUCCUCAAGCAAGGGGAAGACCCCCAGCUGAAGCCUACUGAUCAAUAUCCAGAGUGGUUGUUCCAAUUGAACCUAGGACCGCCCCAAAAGUUGCACGAGCUGGAGUCCGACACCAGGGAAUACUGGAAGCGUCUGAGGAAGGAAAACAUUUGGCGUUUCAACAGACUGCAUAAAGGGAAGAAGUUUUAGGCCUUCACUGAACUGACAGAGAGCUUCUCCCUGUACAUCGGAUUGCUUCAGACUCCGUGUGGACUGAACCACGUGUCAUUGUGUACUGUAUGUUCAGACCAACUCUUCCACCGUGUUAAUUGAAACCAUGCAGCAUAUUCAGUGGUCCUCCGGUGACUGAGCUGGUUAUGUUAAAAACUUGGGGGGGGGCCCAACAUUCACAAUGAAAUAAAACAUUUUUUUUAAAGUAGUUGGUUAGACAACUCCAACCCGAGGACCAUUUAGUAAUUGUUCUGGAGCUUUCAAUUGUAUCCCACAAUCUUCUUGGGCAGAUGGUUUUUGCCUAGUUGUCAUGGAAUUGUAUGCUUUCAAAAUUCAACGAUUGCGUGAUAUGAUCGAAAACUAAUAAGCAGGCCUUGAAGUGAUUUUUCUAUGCAUUUAAUUAAUUUGUACAUGUCUUCAUGUUCUGUUUUGUCCAUAUCAGAAGGACAAUGGCCUGCUGAUAUUUCCACCAAUCACCUUUUCACUAUUUGUUGUUUUUGCAGACUCAUUAUGAAUAAAUAUGACUACAGAA